AUGGAGUUUCUCGCGACGACGACUUUGACGAAGAGGAAAGUCUCCGCCACCGUCAACGACAAAGAAAUUCAUAUAACGGAGGAGCUUUUCUCUGAAGCUCUCGGUUUGCCGAACACCGGUUUGGACUUCAAGACUAACCUGACCGCUGCAGAAUCUAAUGCGGUCCGGUUAGUGAUAUCGGCUGACGAUCAGGAUCCGGUGAUUCACUCAAGCCGGAAGAACAAAUUGAAACCGGAGUUCAAGUGGUUGCUGAACAUCAUCUCUCGUUCGAUUCAGGGUAGAGGAGGUGAACCGCUCCCACCCAAUAACAUUCUCAACUCCGAGCAAAUGAGUGAGAAGACUGACAAAGCGGUUAAGCCGAAGUCUUCCAGAACGAAGUCUUUAAAGGGGACCGAUUCGUCCGCUCCAGCUGAAGAAGAUUCAAAACAAGAAAAACCGAAGAGGAAGGCGGUUCAAGCCGAAGCCUCCCAGAAGAAGAAGGGAAGGAAGAAGUCUUCCGCAAAGAAGAGCUCGAACAAUCCGACUAACUCCGAGAAAACUCUUUCCUCGGACAAUUCGCCGAAGAGAACCGGGGACGUCUUCCAGCCCAUCCCCAUCAAUACCGUUAUUCCCAUCAAUGUCGACUCUCCACCACUAAGGCAAACCGAACCCUCGGGGAGCCACGAAACCGAGUCAGCAUCAAAGGAGGAAGUAGAGGUUAGUAUUCACUCUAAACACUCCAAGUCCCCCAACAAAAACAUCGACGAGGUAAUGGCCAAUGUAGGUUUAAAUACUUCAAAAGUCAUUGUAGACGUAGUCCAAAAUAUUGCUAAGGAAACCGAAGACGAUGUGUCAAGUCAUCUUAAGCCAGCUAAUCAGGUUGAGAUAUCCGGUCAAAGUGAAAGUCACUCGGUCGAAGAAAAGGAACCAUCCGGUUCAGCGGGGAACAAGUCAGUUCCAAUUGAUACAACGAUCCAAUCGGCUCAAGAUGGGCCAGCAGACUCAACAAUCGUACCUGAAGGACCAGUUCAGGUGAACAAAGGCAAAGAGGUUUUAUUCGAAGAUUCGGCGGUAAAGGGAAAAGGUGUUCUGCAAACCGGCUCCCAACCUGAGACUUUAACCGAGGCCGAAGUCGUCAUUUCCGCUGAAGAAGAGGAGGAGAUGUUUAAGGGGCUCAUUAGGGAUAUGGACAAAGAUGAGAAACUCUUAGAAUUAGAAGAAUUGGCUCUCAAACUGGCAAAUACCAAUGUUAUCCAAGCCGCAUUCAGCAAAACCGCGGUAAUUCACGAAUACGCCCGGUUACACGCAGUAGAAGACGCGUUAAGGGAGGCAGAAGGAGCAACCUUAACUCCAAUCGAAGCAAAAAUGUUUGAGCGGUUUCACCUAGUGCGGGAAAAGCUCCUUAAAAGUGUUGAGCGGCUCGACGCAAAAUGGAGGAACGAAUGCAGACAUCACUUAACCCAUGCCAAACUAUAUCAAAGCCAGCCUUUCUUUGCAGCCGGGGAGACCUCCAUGACAGCAGAAAACCGGGGAAGUGAUCCUCCUCAAAAUGAUAAGGCUCUAGAACUUGAGCAGGUAAAGCAAGUGGUGAUCGAUACACUUAAGUCUUGCCUUGGGAACUACAGCAUCGCAACCGAUGAGAAGAUUGCAACAGUUGAAACCAACCUGACAAACGCUAUCCGGGGAUCAGUUCAAAACGAAAUGGCGAACACCGCUCAGACAUCGAUCAGGUCUAUGAUAGACGAAGCUGUGCAGACUUCAGUCAAAUCGUUGAUCGCAGAAUCUGUCCAAACCACAACCUCUCCCUUAGUCGAUAUGUUACAAGCUAUGGCUGUUCAGAUUGGUGAGCUAUCCAAACUUCAAGUAAGUAAAACUCAAGAGCAAUUCAAUUCUGACGCCGAAACCGCAAAGAAACUGCAAGACGAAGAAAGGGAGAGGGAACGGUUAAGGAAGGAACUUGAAGACAAAGAUCAUGCGCUUGCCAAGCAAUGCGAAGAAGAGGAACAGGCAGAUCUUCAUGAACCCAUACCGGCUCAAAUCUCGCACGCUAUGAAGACAAGGAAUAAAAACAAGAGGAAAGCGGUUGCAGAGGUAAUGAAGCGGGAAGAACAAAACAGUCAAAGAGUGAUCGAACCAGUCGGACUGAACGUGCAACCUCUUGAUGAAGAAGAAGAAGAGGAUAUCGAAGAACUCAACCGGCGUAAGAAGAAGGCAAUCGGAAGCUCAACCGCAACCCCAAGACCGAUUAUUGCUCAAACAUCUCGACCACCAAAACCAGUAUGUGCCGGUUUUGGUUUCGGCAAACGAACUCCCGACAUCUCAAGUGUAUUUGCCGGAUGGCGAAUUGACGCUGAAAGAAGAGACAGGGAAUGGAAGGCAAGGGAAGAAGAAGAAAGAAGGCGGAAGGAAAAGGAACUUGAAAAGGGGGGACCAUCCAAACCUUAG